CCGACGGCCAUAGCCAUCAAAGUCAGAGACUGUGUGUCCCACCGGAGCUCAAGAGUGACACUAAAGGGUUGGUGUCAUCGCGUGAGACGACAGGGAAAGGCACUCAUGUUUGUGACCCUUAGAGAUGGCACCGGAUUCUUGCAGGUCGUCCUCACCGGCCGCUUGUGUCAGACGUAUGCGGCACUCACUCUUCAGACCGAAUCCACGGUUCAAGUGUUCGGUACACUGAAGGAGACACCGGAUGGUAAGAUAGCGUCAGGAGGUCACGAAUUGCAGUGCGACUACUGGGAGCUGAUUGGCGCCGCACCUGCCGGUGGUGUGGACCACGUGCUCAACGAGGAGUCCUUCAUUGACGUGCAAUUAGAUCAAAGACAUCUGAUGUUGAGGGGAGAGGUGUUGUCCAAAAUAAUGCUCUUCCGAUCGCUGGUGAUGCAGACAUUCCGCGAGCACUACCUGUCCCGGGGAUACGUGGAGGUGACUCCACCUACUUUGGUGCAGAACCAGGUGGAGGGCGGGUCUACUCUAUUCAAGUUCGACUACUUCGGCGAAGAGGCAUACCUGACCCAAUCGUCUCAACUGUAUUUGGAGACACUAUUGCCGUCAUUGGGGGCCGUCUUCUGUAUGUCUCAGUCCUAUCGGGCGGAGAAGACG